GCCGCGCAUGGGCCACUGGUCGACUCAUCCACUGGUGCUUAUAAGAGGAAUCAGGGUUUCCGUUUCUUUGAGGACAUUCUCACCUUUCCCAGGCAGCAACCGUAAGCUGUGAAAGAAGAAAGAACCUCUGUGUGGUGCUUGCUUGCUGGAAAUAUUCCCGCCUUUUGCGUUUGCGGUCGUGCUCGACUGCUAAUGCCGGUUGCUAGUUCCUCACUCUUGAGUAUAUUGUGAGGUCUAUAUAUAGGUGGUUCGUGGUGAUCAGAACCACACAGGCAAGAUGGCGAGCUUGCACAAGAUCACCUUUGUUCUCAUGUUCUGCCUGGUAGCCUUGGGAAGAGCAGAGUACCUCAGGUACAAGGAUCCGAAGCAGCCUGUGUCUGUUCGUGUCAAGGAUCUGCUUAGCCGGAUGACUCUUGCUGAAAAGAUUGGCCAGAUGACCCAAAUUGAGAGGGAAAAUGCCACAGCCGAUGCAUUGGCUAAAUACUUCAUAGGCAGCGUACUGAGUGGUGGAGGCAGCGUGCCUGCUCCUCAAGCAUCUGCUCAGGCUUGGGCCUCCAUGGUGAGUGAGAUGCAAAAGGGCGCCCUUUCCACCCGCCUUGGCAUUCCGAUCAUCUACGGUAUUGAUGCUGUGCAUGGUCACAACAACGUUUACAAAGCUACUAUCUUCCCCCACAACGUUGGGCUUGGAGCUACUAGGGACCCUGAUCUUGUCAAGAGAAUAGGACAAGCAACAGCUCUUGAAGUUAGAGCUACCGGAAUUCCUUAUGUCUUUGCUCCGUGUAUCGCGGUUUGUAGAGAUCCAAGAUGGGGACGUUGCUAUGAGAGCUAUAGUGAGGACCCAAAGGUUGUCCAGUCAAUGACCUCACUCAUCUCUGGUUUGCAAGGUGAAGUUCCGGCAAAUGACGUGGGAAGACCAUAUGUUGCUGGAAGUAAGAAUGUUGCUGCUUGUGCAAAGCACUAUGUUGGUGAUGGUGGGACGCAUCAGGGAAUCAACGAGAACAACACAAUCAUCGACACACAUGGACUGCUGAGCAUCCACAUGCCUCCUUACUAUAAUUCUAUUAUCCGAGGCGUCUCCACUGUUAUGGUCUCGUACUCAAGCUGGAACGGAGUGAAAAUGCACGCAAACCAUUUCCUAGUCACUGAUUUUCUCAAGAACAAGCUUAAGUUUAGGGGUUUUGUGAUUUCCGACUGGGAAGGCAUUGACCGCAUCACUAGUCCUCCUCACGCUAACUAUUCUUACUCUAUUGAGGCUGGAGUUGGUGCUGGUAUUGACAUGAUCAUGGUUCCAUUCAGAUACACAGAAUUCAUCGAUGAUCUCACAGCACAAGUUCAGAACAAGGUCAUCCCCAUGAGCAGAAUCGACGACGCUGUUUACAGGAUUCUCCGAGUCAAGUUCAGCAUGGGUCUAUUUGAGAACCCUUACCCCGAUACCAGCCUUGCCGGCGAACUCGGGAAGCAAGAACACCGGGACUUGGCACGUGAAGCCGUCAGGAAAUCCCUGGUGCUUCUAAAAAACGGAAAGUCCUCGUACUCUCCGUUGCUGCCCCUCCCGAAGAAGGCCGGUAAGAUCCUGGUCGCCGGUAGCCACGCCGACAACUUGGGCAACCAGUGCGGAGGAUGGACGAUCACCUGGCAAGGACAGCCCGGCAACAACAUCACCGCCGGCACGACGAUCCUGGAAGGAAUCAAGGCCACCAUUGAUCCCAGCACGCAGGUGGUCUACUCCGAGAACCCUGACAGCACCGUCCUCGCCGACAAGUACGACUACGCGGUGGUGGUGGUCGGGGAGCCGCCGUACGCGGAGACGUUCGGCGACAACCUGAACCUGACGAUCCCGGCGCCGGGGCCGAGCGUGAUCCAGUCGGUGUGCAAGGCCACCAAGUGCGUGGUGGUCCUCAUCUCCGGCAGGCCGCUGGUGGUGGAGCCGUACCUGGGCGACAUGGACGCGUUCGUGGCGGCGUGGCUGCCGGGGUCGGAGGGCCAGGGCGUCGCCGACGUGCUGUUCGGCGACUACGGGUUCACGGGGAAGCUGUCGCGGACGUGGUUCAAGUCCGUGGACCAGCUGCCGAUGAGCGUCGGCGACAAGCACUACGACCCGCUGUUCCCGUUCGGCUUCGGGCUCACCACCAAGGGCACCAAAUGAGGCCGGGGUCGAUGAUGGGAACGGGCGAUCUGUGUGAGUGAUUUGUUUGGCCGUGAGGGUUUGGAAUUGGUGGUGGGGAUGGGUACGCGGCGCACACAUUAGGCAGUGUUGGGCUUGUGGGUAAUAACAGUGAGUGGUGCAUCAUUCUUGAGGCGAUUGUUGUUAGCGUGGGUUGUUUGGAAUGAACAAUAAGAUCAGGAGCGUUGCAGUCGCUCUGACAUGCACAAGCUUGCGUUCACUUCU